AUUGUUUUUAUUCCUCAUACACCAUGAGUCGAGGUGCAAGUGGUUUUAGCAGAGGUGGAGGACGCGGUGGAGGACGCGGAGGAUUCCAGCAGCGCGAUUUCGGUCCUCCAGCUACAGUCGUCGAAAUGGGGACAUUUAUGCAUGCUGUAGAAGACGAGAUGUUGUGCUCCUCUCUCAUAUCCGACAGGGUUCCUUACUUCAAUGCCCCCAUUUACCUCCAAAACAAAUCUGUGAUCGGCAAGGUUGACGAGAUUCUUGGCCCUAUCAAUGAAGUUUACUUCUCAGUCAAAAUGGGAGAAGGGAUGGUUGCGAGCAGCUUCAAGCAAGGAGAUAAAGUAUACAUCGGAGGGGAUAAACUGUUGCCCAUUGAGCGAUUCCUCCCAAAACCAAAAGUUGCAGGUGUAACAAAGCGCGGGCGCGGGACUGCAAGGGGCGCUGGGCCACGGGGACGGGGGGCCCCUGGUGGACGAGGACGGGGAGGACGAGGCGCUAGUAGGGGUGGGGCAAGAGGUGGCUUUGGUGGUGGCUUUGGUGGUGACCGGGGUAGCCGAGGAGGGGGUUUCAGAGGAGGAAGUGGCCGUGGUAGCAGUGGUGGAGGUUACGCUCCUCGAGGUGGAAGAGGCGGGUUCAGGGGAUCGUGAUAAUAGUGUCAGCAUUAUGUUGGUCCCAGCAUGUAUUUGUGUAGAUGUCAAGGUUUCAGUGCCUUCACCUCGCUCGAAACAGUGAUGAAUCUGUUUACCCGCUCAUGUUGCAUGGAAAUAGACUG